AUGAUAAACAACAGAAUUAUCAUGCUGGUGGUGGUGAUCUGCCUAGCAGCCGGCGUUAUGGCUAAUCCUGUCAGACGAUCUCCAGAUCUUGAAGCGAGGCGCAGAAGUGCUAUCGAUAGAAGUAUGAUAAGGUUUGGAAGAUCUUACCCACCGGAACCUUCAGCUGGUGAGGUUCGCGAAGCGUUCCAGCGUCCAACAAGGAGAGGUAACAGCUUUCUUCGUUUCGGAAGAACACAGCCCCUCUCAUUCACCACCGACGACCUCAUAUCACUCCUGAGGACCUAUGAAGAUGAAUACGAUAGCCCUGCCUCAAAACGUGUUUCCAACUUCGUAAGACUGGGCCGUGAUCCCAAAUUCAUUCGUCUCGGAAGAUCAACUGACGAAGACAAACCUGAAUAUGAACAAGGUUCAGAGCUAGUUGUAAGUGGCUAUCCCCAAAGAAAAAGCAGGGCCAGGGACCAUUUCAUCCGACUCGGAAGGGACAGCGAGGAACUGACCAGAGAUACUGACUUAGAAGAGCCUGAGAGGAAGAAGAGAUCGACCGAUUGUCACGAUUGCCAAUCGUAAUUUUUUGUGAUACUUUCAAAGUCAGACGUGAUCUCCAGGAAAAUGUUUUUGUGCCAAAGUUUUAUCUUCUAAACAUCUUCUAGAUUAUGAUAUGUUAGAUAAGUUUUCUUGUACUUUUUUACAAGUGUAUAACUUAAAUUAUUUAAAAAAAUGUACAAAUUAUUUAUUAUGUUUUAAAAAAUUAUAUAAAAGAAAAAAGAUAUAUAUUUUAGUUAACAUUAUUCUUUAUAAAAUCAAUCACCAACUUUAACAAUUGUGGCGUAAAACCAAAAACAAAUUAGAGAAUUCUUAUUGAUAUUUAUAUAAAAAAUUAUACUAAGAAAUUUUAAAAUGAAAUAAAUUGUAUGAAAAUCGAUGUUAAUCCUUCAAUUGAUCUAAAGCAAAAUACGCUUUUCUAACUAUUUUUAGUCUUUUACGGAACAUAAAUUUUCUUUAUACUUCUGUGGUGUACGUUAUUUUGUUUAAAUUACUAUCAUUUUUAAAAUUAUUAUCCCCCCCCCCAUUCUUAAGCUUUGUAACAAAAACUUCAUUUUUACGUCCACCAGUUUUAAGUUUAUUUUACAA